UUCAUUUUUCGUCUAUAAAACGUGAAGGAGCAAAGCUCUACUCAGCCGACAGCCUCUCUCUCUAGCGUUCAUUGAAGCUCCGGCAAAGCAGAGUAGUUGUGUUGAGUCCGUUUCGCCUACUUCGAGUUAAGGGCUAGUAUCUAGAACAAAUUGUGAGCAACACUGCCAUGGCCUUUGAGCAAUACUUUGCCAAGGAAUGGAAAUCCAUUUCAGUCGCAGCAGGAGAUUCCGAGAAGAUAUCUGGUUGCUUUGAUUGCAAUAUCUGCUUAGACUUUGCACGUGAUCCUGUGGUUACCCUCUGUGGCCACCUCUACUGUUGGCCCUGCAUCUACAAGUGGUUCCAUGUCCAAAGUGCCUCGCUUGCUUCAGAUGAACCUCCACGAUGCCCAGUUUGCAAAGCUGGUAUAUCCCACACAACCGUGGUCCCUCUUUAUGGCCGGGGCCAAGCACCAUCCGAGGCCGAGCCUGAAGGCAAGGCUUCCUCUCUAAGCAUGAUCAUACCUCCUAGGCCGCCAGCUUGUGGUACACAAGACCUGAUUAAUCCAUCAAAUCAUGGUCAGCAACUUCCUUACCGAAAUCCCUAUCAGAAUCCACAACAUUUCACUCAUUCAUUCGGAAAUUAUCAAGAAGAUUCUUCCCCUCCAUUGUUUAACCAUGGGGGCAGUACAGCAUCGGAUGUUUUCCCUCCGCUGGUCGGGAUGUAUGGGGAGAUGGUUUAUGCUAGGGUAUUUGGUAAUUCAGAGAGCUUAUAUACUUAUCCUAACUCAUACCAUUUGGUAGGAAGUACCAGCCCAAGGUUGAGAAGGCUAGAGUUUCAGGCUGACAAGUCUCUAAACAGGAUUACAAUCUUCUUCUUCUGCUGCUUUCUUCUUUGCCUUUUCCUCUUUUGAUUUUGGUUUGGGCUCUCGCCCUUUUUUGUACACUCUGUAAAAAGUAAUGAAACAUAAAGCUUCCGAGCAUGGAUUUGUAUGAGCUGAGAUGUAAAAGAUAUGAGAUGACAAAUUUUGCCCUAGUUUAUGAGCUAGAUCAAUGGUUCUUUGAAUUUUGUAUGGAACUUUCUUUUUGGUAAUAUUCUUGGGUAACAUACAAUACCCCCAAAUACAUUAGAGGGUGUGUUGAUAACUCCAUGGAAGGCUAUAUUUUUUUUUUUGUUCAACAAUCAUCCGAG